AUGUCCGUCGAUGGCGGAGAGGCGCGGGGGUUCUGGGCAACAUGGGCUGCGUUCAUCGCGCCCUUCCUGGCACCUGCCGCCGGCCGGCAACGAGGCUGGCGCCCGGUGGCCCUACGACCCCCCUACCUCGUCGGCGUCGCGUGUAUAAUGUUGACCAUGCUCCUAGCAUUGGAGGGAUUACGGCAAUAUAGCAGUCGUGAAGGAGGACUGGUCUUCUUUUCCGAUACGGACGAUGUCACCCGGCUGGAGUCCUUCGGCUACAACUAUGUGCCCAUCAUUUUCGCCCUGCUUCUGUUGAUGGUGUGGACGGUGACCGAUUUCGAUGUCCUGCGACUCGAGCCUUAUUUCCAAUUAUCGCAGCCCGACGGGGCCCCGGCUACCGUUCUCUUCAUCAACUACAACUUCGGCCAGACCAUCCUCACCCCUAUUAAUGCCGCCCGCCGCCGUCAUUGGAUCGUUCUCUGGGUCUCGUUAAUUACGCUUUCGAUCCGCAUGAUUCUCCCCGCCCUGCAAAGUACCGUCUUCGAGCUACGAGAGGUGGAGUUGGUCCUGCAUGCAACGAUGAAAAGUUGGCCGACUCUGGUGGAUCUGGAUACUCAAGCGACGUGGAUGUCGACGCAGGCAAACAAUACCGUAGACUCCGUGCUCUCGACCGAUGAGCGACUUCGUCGUACCCGGUCCGCCUUCUUUGCCAUCGCCCCGGUCGAGAUCCCGAACGACGAAAGCAAUGAUGUGGGCGAGGAUACGCUAUGGACAUUGGAUCAGGAGCUGUACUGGGCCCAAACAACGUGUCAGAAUGUCGCGGUAGAUGACAAUCUCUCGGUCACCAUCGAGAAGCCGACGGACGGUGUCCCAAUGGUCUCAUGGAAUGCCAGUGGCAUCGAUAUGGAGGAUACGUAUGGUGAUUCGGCUCGGUGCAAGCUGGAUUUCCACUACGAGAGCAUCUUCUUUCCCUUCACCAAUUACCUUCAGGUCCGAUACUGGGAACCGGUGAUUAGCGGCUCGGCCGCAUCCGAAUAUCCGAAUAGGACCCAGGCUUUCACGGCAACCGGGUGCGACCCAUACGACCUCUAUGGGAUGCUUAUCGCAAUCAAUGCGACCGAGUCAAAACCCUUCAACGAGAGCGAAUUUUCUGCCUCCGGCAUCGCCUUUGCCUGUGAUAUCACAUAUCACAAGGCGGAUGCCCGGGUCUCAAUGCACUCCAACAGCUCCAUCGAAUCCAUCCACAUUCACCCUGCGACCACGCGUACCCUCACCUCGGCGGAAUUCAACAUCGAUCAUUUCCAAGCGCUCCUCUCUCAACGUGCCCCGUACACUAGCGAUAUGCUCUUCAUUCACGACAACGCUACCACCGGCGGUCGCACGGUCACGGAACUUCCGGUCAUCAGUCAAGAAUUGGGCGAUCUCCAGCCACUUCUGGUGCUCGAUACGUCGUCAAUCAUGACCGAAGCCGAGUUCGAGGCUAAGAUCACCCAUGAUGUCAAGCAGACAUUUGUCCUCACUCUCGGUCGUCUCUUUGACCCUGAUUGCGAUCCCACCAUAGUUCCUGCCACUCGCGUCACAACUCAGGUCGCUAUCGCCGUUGUGAACUUUGCCGCUGUUUGGUCUGAGCUCAUUCUAGCCCUAACCACUUUAACCGCCGUUUACCUCCUCUUUUUGUAUCGAUCUCGUGAGACGUUUCUCCAAAGCGACCCCGGCUCCAUUGGCGCCAUGUGCAGUAUCGCUGCGAAUAUUUUUCACCCUUCAAACGUCUUAGCCGAGCCGCACGCCGAGUUCCAUCAGUUCUCCACCCGCCAGUUGCGUCGUAUCUUUCGAAACGCCCGAUGUCGCUGGCGGCCAGGCCCGUCUGGCAAUCAACUGGAGAUACUUGCCGAAGAUGGUUCGCCCGUGCAGCUUGGCGAGAACCUCCAAUUUUCCAACGAUCCUAUGCCGCAUUUCCUUCUCAUACCCUUCUUUAUCGUUGAAUUUUUAGCCCUGGCGGCGGUCAUUAUUCUGAUGGGGCUGGUCAUUUCCUCUCUUGUGAAAGAUGGCCGAUUCCGGCAUUUGACCCAAUCGGACUCGAGCACGCUCCAAGUGGUUCUUUCUUUCUUGCCCUCGGUCGUCGCAUCAUCUAUCAGCGCUUUGUGUACGUCCAUCCAACGGAACCUUAGUGUUCUGGAGCCUUGGGUUCACCUCCAACGCGGGAUGGCGUCCGCACGAGCUUCCCUCUCACUCAACUACUCCUCUCAAAGCCCCUUUGCCAUCUUCUUAAAAGCCGCCCGUGACCGACACGUCUUGCUUGGUCUGGUAUCUCUGGCCUGUGUCAUUAACAUGGUUUUGACCGUUGUUGCAGGUGGCCUGUUCACCCAAGAUUUAAUGUCGUCGACGCUGCCGACAAAUGAUUUGACCAUGAAUUUUAGUCAGUCCACGUUUUGGCGCACGGACUUUGCGGCUGAAUUCACCGAGUAUGACUUAAUCCAGACUAGCAUCACCAGUGGAGUUCCUAUGUUGUCUUGGACAAGUCCGAAUCAGUCCUUUAUUCCGGUCCAUAUCCACAACCGUGAUCCGGAUGUUCUUUACGGCGCAACCACUCUCGGCGUGGGAGCAUCUUUGGAUUGUACAACCCUUUUACCAAAUGAAGCUCUCUACCAGAACACGACAUCGGGGCAUGAGUAUUGGCAUUAUACAUUGUUUGAUGACUCGUCUGUGAAGUGUGUUGCACGAAUGCCAUCCUUGAAGAGCAAAGAUGAGGGAAUUGCUCUGUCAAUUCAUUUCCUAUCCCCUGCGGAUGUGAGUGGAUCCGAUGUCUGUCAGACCUCCACAGUUCUUGUGGUCGGCCGUUGGGACUAUCUAGCAGACACCCCGAUUAACGACAACAACACCGUCGCCCUGCACUGCGAACCUAAGGUUCAGAUGCAGAAUUACUCUCUCAUCUUCGACCAGAAGGGCCAAAUCGAUGGGCAUGAGCCCAUUGCGAACUCAUCUAUCACGGAGGGCCCCAUGUUUGACAACGCCACGGUGAGCCUGGGUCAAUUCAACAAAGUGUUUGCAGCCAUUCCGGAAAGUUACGUGGGCAACACCACUUCUCACAACGGAUCGUACAAUAUUUCUUCGUACGACUGGGCUGGGUUCCUUGUUGCCCGGCUAUAUCAACGCGACGAUCCCGAUUUCGACUCUCUCCAGCCCGAGAGAAUGAUAGAUUUGACUCAAAAGGUCUAUGAAUGGGUAUAUAGUACCUAUUUCUCUAUUUGGCGUGACAUUUAUCUCAACACUCUCGACGAGCCCAUCAAGGCCACCAACGCCACUGUCAUCCGAAGCACCUGGACCAUGGCGCCUUCGGUGCCUUCACUUGCAAUUGCCUUGAUCAUCAUCGCAUUCGACACACUGGUCGUUCUACUCGUCUUUGGGACCCGGCGAGGCCGCUUUCGAGGCCCACGGAUGCCGCGGUCCAUUGGAGCUAUCAUACCCUGGAUUGCGCACAGUCGGAUGCUCCGUGACUUUGAUGACACGCAUAAGUGGAACAGUACCCAACGACGUGCUCACCUCACCACUUUGGACAAGCGUUACGGUUUCCGCAUGUUUAUGGGCUCCGAUGGCCGCUGGCGAUUUGCUGUCGACGAAGAGCCGCCCGAGCCGAAACCUCCUGACACUCCACCUCUUGACACUCCACCUCCUGACACUCCACCUCCUGACACUCCACCUCCUGACACUCCACCUCCUGACACUCCACCUCCUGACACUCCACCUCCUGACACUCCACCUCCUGACACUCCACCUCCUGACACUCCACCUCCUGACACUCCACCUCCUGACACUCCACCUCCUGACAACCCGGCCCCUGACACUUCCCCUCCCGGCCCCGAUGCCGAACUUGAGACAGUGACCGACAAGACCACGUACAUCCAACUGCAGGAAUUCUCAGGUCUGCAUUCCCGGACGCGGAAUUAA